AUGAUACCGGUUUGUGCUCGAAUCGUCGGCACAAGCACGACCAUCUACGGAUCGGUCAGGGCGAUCGCCACGACGCCGGCGAUGUUCAAAGGACACUCCAAGUGGCAGAACAUCAAGGCCACCAAGGGCAAAAACGACAUGAUCAAGUCGCAGACCACCAAUCUCUUGUUGAGAAAAGUUGGACUUGCUCUUGUCAAAAACCGAUUUCUUUGAUUCAGGUCAGGGGAGCUGUGUCUCGAGGGGGCUUCGACCUGAAGUUGAACCGUGAACUCGCCGGUUUGGAGCAAGACUUCCGGUCCAAUGGACUAUCGCUGGACACUUUCAAGAACUUCUUGCAGAAGAUCAAGGUUCAGGAGUUUGCAAAUGGGAACUCUGUGAAAAGGGAACGAUUAACGAAGCUUGGAAUUCGAAAAUGUAUAUGUAUAUUAUGUGAAACGUACCUUAUCUUGUGUAUAGUCAUUACAAAAAUCUCAUUCGAAAUCUCAAAUUUUUCAGGAGUUUGGAAAUUGGAACUCUGUGAGAAGGGAACAAUUAACGAAGCUUCGAAUUCGAAAAUGUAUAUGUACAUUAUGGGAAACGUACCUUAUCUUGUAUAUAGUCAUUACAAAAAUCUCAUUCGAAAUCUCAAAUUUUGAAUCAGUUUUUCGCUUAUUUCGCAGUUAGUUCGUGAUCGGAAAAAGUUUUUAAAAAAGUACCGGAAGAAGAUUCUGAAAGUCUCAACCUGCACAACUUUCUAGUUUUUGUGAAAUAAGGGCUCAAAACCUGAGAAAGGUUUAUUUUAAUGGAUUUUGAAGGUUUCCUUCGACUAUGAGGUGUAUUUUCUUAAAAACUAGAAAUUUGUGCAAGUAGAUAUUUUCAGAAUCUGCACGUGGUACAUCAAAAAGUGUUAUGACAAAUAUUCAAGGCAGUCCCAAGCGCCAAAAAAAAUUAUUUUCCUUGCUAGAGGUAAAAAAUGUGUUGAAAGUGAAAUCCCGAUGCCUUUCUUUUUUAAGAUUCCCCUCAACUGAAUAUAGUUUGAUCUUUUCAGGACAAGCCCGAGAUCGAAUACAGUUUUGAUGUUAUCGGCCCCAGCGGCACUUUUUUCAUCAUUCAGGCGGAAACAUCCAAUAAAAAGGCGUUUGAAAGCGACCUACGCAAAUAUUUCAAUAAAGUUGGCUAUUUCUUGUAUUCAAAAUAUGAUUUCUGCAUUUAGGUUGGCGGUUUCCGAUUAGCAACGGAUGGAGGUGUGAGGAAUUGGUUCGAAGAGAAAGGUUUCAUUCAGAUUGACACGAAACGAAGUGGAAAGGAGGUUAAGCUGGAGGAGGUAGAAUCAAAAAAUAGAAAGAAAAAAAUAAUUAUUUUUGAGUUCAGAUUGAAGAGAUAGCUAUUGAGAAAGAGUGUGAGGAGGUGACAGAAGUUGAUGAGGACGGGAGGAAGUUCGAACUCGUUUGUGACGCCAAGGAAGUGAACAAGAUCGAAGGACAACUUUCCAAAGAAGGGUGAGUAAAGUUUUUCCAAGACAAGGUUUUCUGUAUAAGUGAGAUUUGGGUGAAUCAGAAAGGACCGGACGCGGUUCGGGACAUUUCCAGUGACCUCUUUAGUAGUGUCAGCUUUUUAAAGUGAUCUCUAGAAUUACUCAGAAACCUCCGGUGCGCGUCCGUUUCGCUUUACCGAGGUCCUAGAAUAUUUUUGCGAAGAUUAUCCAUGAAGCACGUUUUAACACGUUUUUCAGCCCUGAGAGCUCAAAAUUUUGGGUCAAUUUUUUCUCUGGGCUCAAACUUUCGAGCUUGAACUGACUUAGACCCUUUCAAUAGAUUAGCGUCAAAGUUCAGGUUUGAAAAAAAAACCUGUUUUCAAGCCGUUUUAUUUCAUUGUAGACCAUUUCGCUUCGCAUUUUUGUUUUUUUCUCUCUUUCCUACAAAAAGAAAAAGAGUUCUUCUUAAGGUGGUCAUUUUUGAACUUUUUUUUACAUAAAAAAUUUCUAGUAAGAUCAAACUACAUAGUAACUUCAUUUCAUAUUAUUAAAAUUUUUCCAGAUUCACUGUUUUUUCGGCGGAGGCUGGAUUCCGAGCAUUACACCCUGUGACAGUUCCGCUAGCGGAUUCGACAAAAAUUGAAACAUUUUAUGAACUUUUACAGGUUUUUCCAAUUUUUUCAUUCAUUUUUAAUAUUUUUCUUUUUCAGGAAGACGAGCAGGUUCGCCAAAUCUAUGAUAAUGUUGCCUCUGAUGAGAAAUAA